AUGGAGACUACUGUUUCUUUGCCUCUGGCACAUUCCUCUUUCAUGCCCCCUCGCAUGGCCAAGAUGGGGGGAACAUGGGUAAGAUACUCGGCUAUCCCAGCGAGACGGAGCAACAACUCCAUGUCCCGUUCUCUCGGCCCCAAGCACGAGCACGAGCAGUUCCUUGCAGGCAUUCCCCCUUCCGCCCCCUUCUCACACACCUUGCGGAGGGGCAAGAGGGCAUACGAGUUACAGGCAAUAUUCAUCAAGAGCAACUCAAGUACACUCGGUACUCUAUACUUUGGAGUUCGCUACAAGUACGAAUGGAAAGAAAAGAGACGACAAGAGUAG